CGCUCCCCACCCCGUCCUCCCCAAGGGUUUAAAUGUGGGUGUCCCCCACCCCUCACACUCUCACUCCUUGGGACACGGCAGCAUGAAGGCAGUGGCCGCCCUGCUCCUGGUGGGGAUGCUCGUCCUCUGGGCAGAGCUGCCCACAGGCAGCGCCUGGUCCUGCCCGCCCGUGCGCUUCACCUGCGCUCUGCACAACCCUCCGAACCAGUGCUUCGUGGACCGGCACUGCCCCCGCGGCAAGAAGUGCUGCCGCUCCUUCUGCGGGAGGAAAUGCCUGUCCAGGCCGCCCGCCAUCCCCGUCUCCUACGUGUGAGCUCCAGGCUUCCAGGAUAGGCUGAGGGUCAUCUCAGCACUGCCAUGCCAGCUCAGCUCCAGGAGGAUCACUCUGUGGCAGCGGCUGCACUCUGCUCUGUGCCAUCCCCUUCCCUUCUCCCUCGGCUCCCCCGCUGCUCUUUUAACAAAUAAAAGAGGCUUUUCCCAAG